AGAUAGAGACUUAGUACUUUGCAGGAGCUGAGCUGAAGUGGGAUGGAAAUGAAACAUCUUGAAUAUGUGAUGGUUCCGCUUGGUUUUACGGUGCUGGUGGGAUACCAUCUUUGGCUGAUAAUCACCAUUUACCGGAGUCCUAAAAGAACUGUCAUUGGAAUCAACGCUGAAUCCCGCCGGCAAUGGGUCGCCACCAUUGUUUCAGACCCCGAGAAGAAUGCUGUUCUUGGAGUCCAAACCAUACGAAACAACAUCAUGGCUUCGACGCUUAUGGCUACGACGACGAUCACCGUCGGCUCAUUGAUCAGUGUUUUUGUGGGCAGCUCAUCAAGUACUGGAAAGUACCGUUACAUUUUGCUGUGUUUCCUCGUUGCAUUUCUUUGCAAUGUGCAAUCUAUUAGAUACUAUGCUCAUGCUAGCUUCUUAGUCACAUUGCCUGCUGGUGAAGGCAGAAAGGACUAUCUUUCUGCAAUCUUGAAUCGAGGAAGCUUAUUUUGGUCGAUCGGAUUGCGAGCUUUCUAUUUCGCAAUUCCUUUCUUCCUCUGGAUCUUUGGACCUCUAUCAAUGUUUUUCAGUUGCUACCUGAUAGUUUUUGUUCUUUACUUCUUGGACUUUACAAGAACUUCCAGCUAUGAUCCUUAUGGACUUUACAAGGACAUUGAAUCUGUUGGUCAGUCAGGGGGAAACAAUUUCGUCGCGAACUCAUGCAUUCGCUCUCCUCUACUUGAAGAUCACAUUAUAGCCUCCCAUUGAAAUGGCUCUGCAUACUCAAUAUUUUGAGCUAUUGGUUGCGUUGAGAAUUGUGUUUAGGAAGAGAUUGAAAGAGAAUUUUCAUUUGUAUUUAAUCCACAGGCAUUACCUGAAUGUGUGCAAGUAUUUACUUAAAUGAUCCAAGUGUUGGGCUAUGAGGUACCUGAUAUAUAGAUUGUUUUAUACUUUUAUACCUUGAAAUGUUAUGUAAAGCAUA